AUGCCCUCUGAAAUUGAUUCUCUUCCAGUUGAAAACUGGGAUAUUGAUACCCUUAUUAUUUUUUUACGAGGACAGGACCUAAAAUUCGAUGAUGAUGACUUUGAAAUUCUUCGCAGAGAAAAAAUAACCGGGUUUGAUUUCACUAAUAUGACUAAAGAAGAAUUUGAACGUUGUGGUUUGAAAAUUGGUCCAUCAAAAAGAUUAGUGAAAGUAGCUGAGAUAUUAAAAGACCCUUCGAAGUGUUCGUUCUCAUACCGUAGUUUGAAACAAGUUUUAAAAGAAUACAACAGUAGUAAAAUUUUGCCAGGAACUUAUCCACUUACGGACGAAGAUGAGGAGGAAUACACCAAUAACAAAUCUUUACCGGGAACUUAUCCACUUAAGGAUGACGAUGAGAAAUUACCACAAAGUGUAGGGAAGAUAAAACUACUCAAGAGCGAACAAGAAAGCACAAACGAUAAAAUUUCUAUAUUGCCUCCAUUAUUUAAAAAAUCCAUAGGUACGCAAACUACAAACUUUUCUGCAGAUCAAAAGAGCUUAACCUACCUUAUCCAGGGCUUAAUAUCUAGGAGUCUUUCACAUUUUCCUCUUAAUGAGUGGGUCUUCAUUAAUAAUACAACGAAGGGUGUAUGCAGAAUUAGUAGUGUGGAACCACGACUGUCAAGUGUGUCACUGUAUUGUGAGUAUGAGCUCGGAAAAGUCUACACCCAUCAUUAUUCGCCAGCAUUUUCGGGAUAUCCUAUAGCUCUCAAGAGUCCAUUUUCUCCGUCUGAAAGGAUUAUUACGGGACUCGAUGAGAGCAAGACAAAGUUUAUUGAUAACAUUAAUUAUGUUAUUGAGUUCACGGAAAUGCUUGACUUUGUAGAGCCCGUCAAAUCCAGCAGUAACAUUUCUAGUUCUUCUACGGCAGUUUCGUCAACAAAAACGAUUGCGACACAAACAAGACCUUAUGUUGAGGAUACCAAAGAAUUAACGUAUAUUGCGAAAGGUAUAAUGUUCAAGAGCAUUUGUUGGUUCACCUGGGAUGAACAAGAGGCAUUCCGCCUUGGAAAAAAGAAGGGCAUUCUGCGACUUGUCAGUUCUGACCCUAAACUAGCAGGCGUAACACUGACAUGCAAUUAUCAGCUUUCAAAAUUUUUAUGCAGUUUUCAAGGUGAUAUUGGUUAUCCAAUGAUCGUGUGUUGUUCAUAUGGAAGUGUUAAGACUCUGCUCACAGAGGAUAAGGAGAAGAUUAUGGAUAAUCAUAAUUAUAAUUUGACGUUUAUUUCGUAA